AUGGUGUACAUCGUGAGAGGGAUCAUUGGAGCGUUCGGUCUUCUCACCCUGGUGGUCUGCUGUCUUAGGCUCUACUUGCGCAGGUUCAUCUUACAAGCUUUCGGUCUUGAUGACUACCUCGUGCUUCUUUCCUUGGCAAUGGUACUCGUAUUCGCCGCGCUCUCCAUCAUCCUCACAACAUACGGAAUUGGCUUUCAUCAGGAUACCGUUCCCGAUGCAGAUAUGAUCAUGAUGGAGAAGUAUGUCUAUAUAUUGUUCUGUCUCUAUCUCUGGGUGGCUCUGGCUGUCAAAUGCAGCCUGACGGUUUUCAUCAUGCGAGUGUUCCCGACCAAAUGGGUUCGACGGGUUGGGCUGGGAAUAAUGGGGCUCAUGGCUGUCGUGACGAUCUCUGGAGAGCUUCCUUUGGUCUUCCAGUGCUGGCCAGUGCGUGCCACGUGGGACAAGACCAUCCCCAACUACAAAUGCUUCUCCAAUACCGUUUUAGAGAACCUUCAGCUCUAUCAGGCGAUCCUGAUGCUGUUGUUCGACGUGAGCAUCAUUAGUCUCCCGAUACCGACCAUCUGGAACCUUCAAAUGCCCGUCCAGCGGCGCCUGUUUAUCAUUGGUCUAUUCUGUAUCGGGUUUGUGGCGUGUGGAGCCGGCCUUGCACGCAUUCCACUAUUGAAUUUCCAAGUGAAUUCCACCGACUAUACCUACGUUGGUGCUGUCCCCCUCAUACUGAUGAACGUCGAAUACGCGCUCGGCUUGAUCACCGGAUCGCUCCCUUCACUACGGGUACUGCUCAGGUCUAUCCCGGGCCUGAACAGCAGCAACAAGAACUCCGAUCCGAGUGGGGGCUGGGAACAAGGCCCCAGCCAUAGUGGAUACCAAUUGGGUAGCCACCCUCACUGGGCCCAUAAACUUAUGGGGCAAAAGAAGGGCGACGCAGAGAGUCUCGACAACGAAAGCCAGCAGCGAAUCGUCGUGACCACAAUUGUGGAACAGAGCUAG